AUGGCGGUGAAUGCGGCCAUCGACCUGGAGAGCGACGAUAAUAUCAACCCCGAGAACAUUCGAAUUAUCAAGCAAGUUGGUACAACGCUUGAAGAUAGUGAACUUGGCAACAGUCUCGCCAUGGAACAGUCUGUGCUCAAGAACGCUGGAGGGUUGAUCUCCUCAGAAACUGUCGUCGCCCACGCAAGCCUACAAAUGCGCAAAUGCCAUAACCGUUGUCAAGAAACAGUAGCCAAUCUUCCCGAAUCUGUGACACUUGCAAGAGGCUGUAUGCGCAUCACCGCACCGUUCUCAUGGCUGAAAAACGGGCUGCUGCGCGACAAAUUGAUGCCACUUAUCUCUGCGAAAAAUGAGAAUUUCCAAAUUGACUGCCCAUCUACUUUUCUUAGGCUGCCCGCUGUAAUAGGAGGCUUCUACCUCAGCACUGAGUACAGAGUGGCGGCCCUCAGUUGUAGUCAGAGACAUAAGGACUUCACUGGUACUGAGGACGAAGAGUACAAAAGCAAGUGA